GGCCGCGAGCGCGAGCGCAGGCGGCACUUGGCGCAGGCGCGAGCGCGCCGCGCAGCCGCGCAGGCCCAUGGAGAUCUUAACCAGCAUCUAUGCGUUGCUCUCCGGCGGGCAAGGAGUAAACCCGAAGAUCGACUCUGUAGCGUUCCGCCUCCACUGCGGUGCAACUACAGCCGCACUACUAGCGGCUAGCGCCGCACUCACCACGCGCCAUCUAGUGGGCAACCCUAUUGACUGCAUUCACACUAGGGACAUCCCGGAAGACGUUCUGAACACGUACUGCUGGAUCCACUCGACGUUUACGGUAGCGGGCGAGGCUGGGGCCUAUCCUGGAGUGAGGGGAGCGGGUAAUUCGCCGCGACGCUACGGGAAAUACUACCAAUGGGUCGCCUUCACUCUCUUCUUUCAGGCAAUGCUGUUCUACGCACCCAGAUGGCUGUGGAAGUCCUGGGAAGGCGGGAAGAUCCGCGCCCUGAUGAUGGACUUGGACGUAGGCGUCUGCACCGAAAUCGAGAAGAAGACAAAGAAGAAGCUCAUCCUGGACUACCUGUGGGAGAACCUCCGCUACCACAAUUGGUGGGCGUAUCGGUAUUAUCUCUGCGAAGCGCUUGCUCUUGUCAAUGUUAUAGGGCAAAUGUUCCUGAUGAACCGGUUCUUCGACGGCGAGUUUAUGACGUUCGGCCUGGACGUGAUAGCCUACAUGGAAUCCGAUCAAGAGGAUCGAAUCGACCCCAUGAUUUACAUAUUUCCCAGGAUGGUGAAAUGCACAAUGUUCAACAAGUUCGGUUCUUCGGGCGAGGUGGAGCGGCACGAUUCGCUCUGCAUCCUGCCGCUGAACGUGGUCAACGAGAAGAUUUAUGUCUUUCUCUGGUUCUGGUUCGUCAUUCUCGGCUUCCUUACCUUGUUCACGCUCAUCUAUCGGCUGGUGCUGAUCUUUUCACCGCGUAUGCGCGUCUAUAUGAUGCGUAUGCGCUUCCGGCUAGUGCGCCGCGACAACAUCGAUACCAUCGUCCGCAGAAGCAAGUUGGGCGACUGGUACUUGCUGUAUGUUCUAGGGGAAAACCUCGACUCGGUCAUCUUUCGAGACAUCAUGAACGAGUUCGCCAACAAACUGAACCACAACUACCAACACCAUAUCCACGGCGUGCCGGACGCGUGACCUCCAAUUCCCGGGUGGGUGUUCCACACGUGACUAACGUCCUUGCAGCGCGACAUGGACCCACCUGUCUGAGCUGUGUCUAGCUACGUAUUCACAGUAUUCAGAUGAAUAGUAGGCCCAGUCCGCUGCCCUGCGGCACCUCGCCGUUUCCUGGACAUUACAAAGUGUAUCAAAGACUUCUUUAGAUUAAAGAAUCUUUAUUCGGUACUAUGUAAUCGUAACAGUGCAAUUAAACACGCAAUAAUAGUUUUUACUUAAUCUUUAAGAUUGUGAUCUCAGGAUGAAUCCUAUCGAAGGCCUUUUGGAAGUCAACGUCGACGGCUAUCUAUCCCAUUAGCAUAGUGUUCAACUUUUAGAAGUAUUUACCGAUAGUUUCGCUGCUCGUAGAAGUUCUGGUCAUCGGAACCGCUUUCUCCUAUAGUCUAGUAAUAAUCGAAUCGAGCACAUGAGAGCACACAAGUUAAUUUUUUACACUAUUAAUCACUCGCUAAGGAUUUGACCGACCAAUAAAAUUAAA